GCCGCAGCCCUGGUCCACCCUCAGCAUCAGCGCUGCGCUCAGACCCCGUCGUCGGAUCGCGGAGUCUUCUGGCGGAGUCUCUGGCGGAGGAUGGCAGCUUACCGGGUCGGGAGGAAGGGGCAGAGCCGGUUAGCGGCCAGUCCCAGGGAGCCCGGGGCCGCCCUGCAGCGCAGACAAGCCCGGGUGACGGUCAGGUACGACCGCAGAGAAUUACAGAACCGGCUGGACGUGGAGAAAUGGAUCGAGGAGAAACUGGUGCAGCUGUAUCAGGAGCAGGUGGAGCAGAUGCCAGAAGAGGUGAAUAUCGAUGAGCUUUUGGAACUUCAGACUGAUGAAGAACGUUCAAGUAAAUUACAGAUUAUGUUCACAACUUGCAGCAGAAACACAGAUAAGGAACUUGGGGAACGAUUAUACUGAAGGUGUUUUGAAACAAACUGCAAGUUUAUUUUUUUAUAUAAGAGGAAUUUAUCAGCGAGCUAUUAACCAAAUUACGGGGACUUCAUAAAGUGGAGGUGAAGAAUGUUGGGUUGGCGGCCCCUCAGGAACACUAAGAGGCGGCUGAUGGACAAGAGGUGGGGCAGAACAAGAAGGCGGCUGCCUGAACUCUACAAACUUUAUUUUAAAGAAUUCUUUUCGAAACUAUUGGAGCAUUGAAGAAACUGUGCGACUAAUGGUUCGAGCACCCCUUGCCAAUCCAAAAUAAGCUUUUAAAGGAAAUUAUUUUGCCAGCCCUAACGAAGAUAUUUUUGUUUGUUAUUUUAUUGGUUACAUUAAAGAUUGUCACUGCC